AUGGCUCAUCACCAUCAACCAUCCAUUCUGUUGCCUCUGCUGCUCCUAACUCUGUCCCUAAUGAGUGGCAAAGAAGUUUUUGCAUCUCGUCACCUUCUGGAGGAAACCACACUGCCUAAGGUUCCUGAGCUUCCCAAGGUAGAAUUGCCACCUCUUCCUACACUCCCCACUUUGCAGAAACCUGAACUGCCAACUCUUCCCAAGGCUGAGCUUCCACCUCUGCCUCAUGUCCCAACUCUACCAGAGCCCACGUUGCCAACUUUGCCCAAGCCUGAAUUGCCUACUGUUCCACAUGUCCCAGCUUUGGAGAAGCCUGAACUGCCUCCUUUGCCAAAGCUUGAGGUGCCAAAACUGCCAGAAGUCCCUCCUCUACCCCAUCUACCUGACCUGCCUAAGCCAACGCUGCCUAGCAUCCCUACCCUUCCAAAGGACAUACCCUUCCCUUCUCUUUCCCCACCCCACUCAACCACCAGCCCUUGA